GGAGGGAGCAUAAGAGACAGGAGACAAAGAGACCAACGGAGAGUGCCAGUGAGCAGGUGAGAAGAGACUGAGAAGUAUGAGAGACAGCACCUAAGGGACGAAGGAGGUGGGAUACUGUCCUCUUGCUCCCGUCAUUGGGAUCCCAGAGCUGGCCCUUGAUGGAGGAAGGCAGACCUCGGAGCAGCCUCAGCCUGGCCAGCAGCGCCUCCACCAUCUCCUCGCUCAGCAGCCUGAGCGCCAAGAAGCCCACCCGGGUGGUAAACAAGGUCCAUGCCUUUGGGAAGAGGGGCAAUGCUCUCCGAAGGGACCCCAACCUCCCUGUGCACAUCCGAGGCUGGCUUCAUAAGCAGGACAGCUCCGGGCUCCGGCUCUGGAAACGCCGCUGGUUCGUCCUUUCCGGCCAUUGCCUCUUCUAUUACAAGGACAGCCGCGAGGAGAGUGUCCUGGGCAGCGUCCUGCUGCCCAGCUACAGUAUUAGGCCAGAUGGGCCAGGAGUCCCCCGAGGGCGGCGCUUCACCUUCACCGCAGAGCACCCGGGCAUGAGGACCUACGUUUUGGCCGCUGACACGUUAGAGGACCUGCGGGGCUGGCUGCGGGCCCUGGGCCGGGCCUCCCGCGCAGAGGCGGACGAUUGUGGGCAACCCAGGUCACCCGCGCGGCCCCUGCCUGGGGAGGGCCCUGGCGGCCCUGGUGGUCCCCCGGAGGUGAGCAGAGGGGACGAGGGGCCCAUCUCAGAAUCACCAGAGCUGGCCCGACUGUCCAGAGGCCGUGGCAGACGCGGGCUGCUGGCUCCCAGCCCCACAGCCGACCUCCAGUCUGGACUGCGAGUGCAGAGGGCCAGGAGCCCAGACCUGUUCACACCCCUCUCGCGCCCUCCCUCCCCUCUGAGCCUCCCCCGACCCCGUUCUGCUCCUGCGCGGCGACCCCCUCCUUCCUCAGGAGACACAGCACCCCCUGCCCGACCUCACACCCCGCUGAGUCGCAUCGAUGUCCGGCCUCCUUUGGAUUGGGGUCCCCAACGCCAGACCCUCUCCCGGCCUCCCACUCCCCGCCGAGGACCUUCCUCUGAGGCUGGGGGAGGAAGGCCUCCCAGGAGCCCCCAGCCGUGGAGUCAGGAGCCCAGAACACAGCCGGCUCCUCCCCUGGAGUCAACCUUCCACCAAAGCUUGGAGACAGAUACUCUGCUGACCAGGUUGUGUGGACAGGACCGACUCCUGAGGAGGCUACAGGAGGAGAUAGACCAGAGGCAGGAGGAGAAGGAACAGCUAGAAGCAGCCCUGGAGUUGACCCGGCAGCAGCUGGGCCAGGCAACCAGGGAGGCUGGGGCUCCAGGGAGGGCCUGGGGUCGCCAGCGCCUCCUGCAGGACCGACUGGUCAGCGUGAGGGCCACCCUUUGUCACCUGACUCAGGAGCGAGAGCGGGUUUGGGACACGUACAGAGGCCUGGAGCAGGAGCUGGGCACCUUAAGAGAGACCCUCGAGUACCUGCUGCACCUCGGGUCUCCCCAGGACAGAGCAUCUGCUCAGCAGCAGCUGUGGAUGGUAGAAGACACACUGGCAGGUCUGGGUAGCCCCCAGAAACCGCCCCCCAACACCGAACCUGAGCCCCCCUCUCCAGCGCUCCAAGGCGAGGAGUCCUCGGAGAGGGAGAGCCUGCCUGAGUCCUUGGAACUGAGCUCCCGUCGGUCCCCUGAGGCUGACUGGGGGCGGCCUCCUGGGGGCGACAAAGACCUCGCCAGCCCCCACCCAGGUCUUGGGUCUCCGAGGGUCUCCCGGGCUUCCAGUCCUGAGGGUCGCCACCUCCCUUCCCCGCAGCUGGGAACCAAGGCCCCCGUGGCCCGGCCCCGGAUGAGCGCUCAGGAGCAGUUGGAGCGCAUGCGCAGAAACCAGGAAUGCGGACGGCCUCUCCCCCGCCCAGCCUCCCCCCGGCUCCUCACCCUGGGGAGGACACUGUCCCCAGCCAGACACCAGCCUGAAUUGGAGCAAAGGCCUGUCCUGGGGCACUCAGGAGCCCAGAAAUGGCUCAGAAGCUCCGGGUCCUGGAGUAGUCCGAGGAACGCCACCCCUUACUUGCCGCCGUCUGGAGGCCACCGGGAGCGGGUCCUCAGCCUCUCCCAAGCCCUGGCCACCGAGGCGUCGCAGUGGCACAGAAUGAUGACAGGUGGGAAUUUGGACUCCCAGGGAGACCCUGUCCCCCCUGCGCCACCGCCUCAGUCGGAUCCCACGACCCAGGAGACCCCUCCGAGAUCUCCUCCGGUGGCUGAUUCCGGUACCGGGUUCUCUCGCGGACGUAGUGGGCGUGGCGGAGGCCCCACCCCCUGGGAGCGCACGUGGGAUUCCGGGACCGCCCCUCCGGUCCAGACCCAGGACGAGGGGGCGUGGCCUCUGCGAGUCACUCUGCUGCAGUCCAGCUUCUGACCUGCCAAACGCGGCGGCCAAUCGGAGCGAGAGGGCGUGGCCUGGAGUACCUCUCUAGGCAUCUGGGGGCGUGGUCUGCUCCCCAACGGGGGCCUGGGAGAGGAGUGGUUUCCAUGUCCAAAGUUUGGUUUUCCCACCGUCCAAGUUUGGAUUAAAAGUUUGAAUCUUUAGUCAAUAGCUCUUUUUCUGUCUGUUUGCGGUUGUCACACUGGGGUCUCCGAGGGGCAGAGCUGGAGUCGUGGACUCCAGGGUUCUGAGGGAGGAAGGAACGGUGGGCUUCUAGUUUGCAGUUCGUCUGGGAGAGGAGGCAGCUGGAGGUCUGGAUUAUCGGGUCUGAGGGAGCAGGGGACAGAGAGCCUGACCCCUGGGUCUGACGGAGGAGCGGCCGGGGCAAGCUUCGGGUCCUUGGCCUUCCCCGCAUCGCCCACCGCCCCGGGGCUGGGCUUCCAGCAGCCAGCCCUUAUUUAAGGUUUG